CUGACGCAGAGCCGUUUAUAAACGCUCAAGCCGCUCGCGCUGGACGUUUUCAGAUUAGAUUGUGUUCCUUUAUUUUAACAGAUCGUGUCCAUUCAGGGUAACUUGUCAACAGGGGGGUUCAGCGGAGAUGGCGGCCGUCCUGCUGCAGGCUCUGGAGCGGACAGAGUUGAACAAACUCCCCAAAGGAGUCCAGAACAAGCUGGAGAAGUUUGUGACGGAGCUGCAGAAUGCUAACGAGGCGCUGAGGACGCAGCACGAGCGGUUCAAAGCAGACAGUGAGCAGCAGUACUUUGACAUCGAGAAGAGGCUGCUGGAGAGCCAGGAACAGAUCCUGUCUGCCACCAAAGACCUGCAGACAGUAAAGGAGGAAAAUAAGAAACUCAAUGACGAACUGAACACUCUGAAAGGAAUAGAGGGCGAGACACCUCAAGAUAAAACACCACAACAGCAAACAAAGACCAAGCAUGAGAUUGAGGCAGAGAGGAGAGAGCUGGCAAGGUUGCUGGAAAAGAGAACGCAGGAGGUGGAAAACCUAACCGAGGAUGUGAACCGUCUAAGUGAGAAGCUGACGGAGACUAACAAGUUAAAGGUGGAGCUGCAGUUGAAACUGGAUGACGUACAAUCAUCAGAGGCCUCUGUGCAGCACCGGGAGAAGCGCAUGGAGCAGGAGAAAGAGUUACUCGAGAAGAAAAUUGAGUGGCUCACCUCUGAACUGAAGACCAAAACAGAUGAGUUGCUGAGCACCAACAGGGACAAAGGCAAAGAGAUUCUAGAGCUGCAGGGGAACCUGAAGAACAGCAAGGAGCAGGUGACGGUGCUAGAAAGUCAGCUCACGUCUCUGAAGGAAACCUGUGAAAGCCACAGUAAAAGAGCUCAAGACCUCAACAACAAACUCAAACAGGCUAAAGAUGAGCAGAGUGCGAUGGAGGAGAAAUACCGCAAUGAGCUCAACGCUCAUAUCAAGUUGUCUUCACUCUAUAAGGGCUCAGCAACAGAUAUGGAGAAAAAGAACCAAGAACUGAGCAGAGCAGUGGAAGAGCUCGGCAAAGUGGUUAAGGAAGCUGGGGAAGCAAAUAAAGCUCUGGAGAAGAAGGUGUUGGAGGGCAACGGAAUUAAGAUUCGGCUCGAGGCUGAGCUCAAAGAGAAAAUCAAGAAAAUGGAGAAAGAGCUGGAAAACGCCACAAUGAAGGCUGCUGGCAAACGAUGCUGUGCACCUUCUGUGACCGAGGAGCAGUUGGACAAAAUGUGUCCAUCAGCAGCCUCCAUUGCUGCGAUAGUGAAGCCUGGCAUGAAGUUCUUUGAUCUGUAUAAUGCCUAUGCAGAGUGUCAGACACAGCUUCAGCUGGAGAAACAGGAGACCAGGAGAGUGAGCAGAGUGUUGGAUGAGAUCGUGCAGGAGGUCGAGUCCAAAGCGCCCGUCCUGAAGCGUCAGCGGGAGGAGUACGAGAGCAUCCAGAGAUCCAUGGCCUCCCUGUGCACCAAACUGGAACAGGCUCGAGGGGAGAUCCACAGUUUGCUGAAAGAGAAAGAAGAGGCCAAGCAGCUCUGUGAUGCAAUGGAGAGAGAGAAACUGAAGACAGAGCAACAGCUUGAUGACACGUCUGCACAGCUGUGUACACUUCUGGUGGAGCUGGAGGAAGCCAGAGGUAACCAGGUGUCCAAGGACAACAACAGCUCUGCGGACAUUUCCAGCACCUCUGAGGUCAUCAGCCCACAGCAGUUGUCUUUCCGCAGUGUGGAGGAGCUACAGAGGCAGAACCAAAGCCUUCUGGGGAGACUGAGGGAGCUGGAGCAGGAGAAGGCCACUCAGCAGAAACAGGCAAUAUCAGCACGUGUGUCUGAGUUGGAGGCCAGUGUGGACAAACUUCAGAAGGAGGUGGAGCAGCUGAGAGAACAGAGGAACCAGCAGAAACAGCUGGCUGACUCGAGUGCCAGGCAGAGAGACAUGUUCAAGGCUCUGUUGACACAGAGCACUGGCUUCAGCCUUCCUUCUCAAGAUUCUUCACCUCAACCUGCAGCUGUUCGUCCGUCCGCCCCAGGUACUCGCUCUACGCCACAAAGAGCUGCUGCCACUGAGUCAGCACAGACUGCUCAGACUAAAGCGGCGUUAAAGCAGCUCAGUGAUGCCUUCAGUCUGUAUAAAAAGGAGAAGGCAGAGAACGACAGGAUGUUGACUGAAACAAACGACAGGCUGCAGAGACAGAUAACAGAAUUCAGUGCCAGCCACGCCAAGCUGACCUCUCAGCUGGAGUUCAGCAACAAGAGGUAUGAAAUACUCCAGGAGACUGUGUCGGCCUACCGCAGAGAGAUCGCCGCUCUUCAGGACAGGAACCAAAAAAUGUCUGCUGUCGUCCAACGACACGAGCACUCGAUUCACACAAUGUGUCAGGAUCUGCGACAGGCGAAUGAAAAACUGGCACUGGAAGAGGUGCGUGUAAAAAAUGUGACAAAAGAGAGAGACAUUUUAAGGCAAGGGGAGAGUAGACUGAACCGAGAAAAGGAAGCCAUGCUGGCUGAGCAACGUAACCAGAAACUACUGCUCACCAACCUCAAGACUAUACAGUUGACGAUGGAGCGCACGGAGACGGAUACACGCCAACGGCUUGAGAACAAAAUAGAGCGUCUGGAGGCAGAGCUGGCUUCCAUGAAGAUUAAGAUGGACAAGGAAGUAGCUCAGAGACAUACCCUCGGACGUACUAUGGAUGCUCAGUUGUUGGAAGCCAAGAAGCAGCUGGAGACUCAGAACGUCGUGCUACAGAAGACCAGGGAUGUGUUACGUAGUUCUGAACAGCAGGUGGCAGUGUUGAAAGCCCAGCUGACCCCCGGUUCAUCAUCUGAUGUUGCCAACAGCUCCAACAACUCCACCACCCCAGCUACCCGAGCUACACCACUCAGAGCUCCACUGAGAGCGCGCCCUCAAACACCAACAGCUCCACCCCAGCAGCCAAGCCAAACGUCCACCCAGCAGCAGAACCAGUCAGAGAAGGAACUAACGGAGGUGAAAGGUCUUCUGCGAACUGCUGAGGAACGGAACGAUGAACUAGCAGAGCAGCUGAAGAUUGCCAAUACCAAUGUUGAGCAGUAUAAAACUUUGGUACUGACCCUGGAAGAUAGUCUGAAGGAAGAAAAGGAGUUCCGUGCCUCCCUGGAGAUCAGACUGAAGGAGUCACAGGAGGUGCAGCAACAGCUGGAGAAGAGGAUUGUAGAGGUGGAGAAAAUGGGGCAGCAGGAGCAGGAGGAGAGGAGGAAGGCGAGGGAGGCCCUGGAGAAACAAGUGUGUGAGGUGCAGCGUCAGCUGAAGGCCAGUCAGACUGAACAGCAGGAGGCGCUGGAGAGAGCGGCUGCUUCUCUCACAAAGGAGCAGAAGGCCACUCAGGAGAGUCUGCUGCAGACCAAGCUGGCUGGAGAGGCGCAGGCCAAGUAUGAGCGGGAGCUAAUGCUUCAUGCUGCUGAUGUGGAGGCUCUGCAGGAGCUGAAGAAAAAAAUCCAACGAGAUGUAGCUCAGAAGGCUGAGUUAGAGGAGAAGCUAAACAAGACGUCCCUACUCCUGCAGGAGAAAACCGCAGCAUGGAACACAUUAGAGAAACAGCUAAAGGAGGACCUGUCCAAUCGGAGUCGUCGCUCUGAGGAGCUGGGCAAGCAGAACGCUCUCUUGCACCAGCAGAUGGAUGAAAUGGCCACCAGUAGUCGUCAGCAGCAGCAGCAACAGCAGAUGGACCUGUCGUUCAGUGAGGAAGGAAAGACCACUGAGCAAUUAUUAGAAAUACUCAGGUUUGUGCGGCAGGAGAAAGAGAUCGCUCUGGCUCAAUGUGAGGUGUCGGUGGGAGAAGCUGUUCGCUACAAACAGCGAGUGCAACACCAGGACAGAGAACUGAAGGAGCUGCAGGAAGCUCUGAAUGCUGAGAGGGAGAAAAUGCAGGUUACAGCUAAGACUAUGUCGCAGCAGGAGGAACAGCUGAAGAAGAUGCACAGUAUCACUGCUCUACAGGAAACCAACAAGAUACUGAAACUGGACAGAGACAAGUUGCAGCAGGAGCUGCUUCAAGCGGAGGCUAGAGUGAAAAAGCUGCAGUCAGACAUCAACCCACUGCAUCACUCGCUGUCUGCGCUGUCAGAGAAAAAUGGCGGCCUUCAGGCUGACAAGAGGCUUCUGGAGGAUGACGUCAAACACUGGAAGAACAAAGCACAGCAAAUGAUGAACCAACAGAAAGAUGGAAACGUGGAGGAGAGGCAGAAACUGAACACAGAGCGAGAAGCUCAGCAGAGACGCAUCACACAGCUCACUGAAGAGAUGGCCAAACUCAAGACUGAACUGGCCAGAUCCACUGCCAGCACAAAUGCAGCACAGUCUCAAGUGCAAGGCUUCAGAGACUCUGUGGCACAUCUGAUGUCGGAGAAAGAGACUCUGAAAAAAGACCUGGAAACGAAGACCAAUGACAUUUUGGAGAAGAACAAGACCAUCACACAGGUCAAGAAGAUCGGACGACGCUACAAGACCCAGUAUGAGGAGCUGAAAGCCCAGCAUGACAAGUUGGUCACAGAAACGGCAACUAAAACAGGAGGUGAGGCAGCUCCAAACACAGAGUUGCAGCAGGAGCUGAGUAAAGCCCAGGAGGAGCUUAACAAGUCCAGAGAGGAGCUGAAAACCCUGAGAGAAGACAUUCAGAAAAAACAGGAAGCUACUCAGAAAGCCCAGCAUGAGUUGGAGGAGGCCCAGAAGGAGACGCAGAAGACCAAGGAGAAAUUGCAAGAGGUCACUAACCAGAUGACACAGAACCAGAGCCAACUGACACAGAUCCAGGCCCAGUUGUCUCAGACUCAGACUCAGCUACAGCAGAAUCAGAACCAGCUGACCCAGAGUCAGAAAGAGCUUCAGCAAGGCAAGAUCCACAGCCAGCAUGUACAAAACCAUCUGAAAGCAGGUCAGGCCCGUCAGAACCAGAUGCAGAGAGAGCUCCAGCAGGCAAAAGACGCGCUCCAACAGAACCUCACCAGUCAGAAAGAGCUGCAGCAAACGAGUCAACACAGCCACAACCAGGAAGUAAAUAAUCUUAAAACUGCUCUGAGCCAAGCGGAGGGGAAGGUGACUGAACUCCAGGGACAGCUGGACAACCUGCAGAAGACGCUUGGUGAGCGGGAAGCAAACAUCCAGCGUCUGCAGGAGCAGCUAACUGAAGCCAACAAGGCUAAUGAAGCGAGUCAAGCUGUGCAGGCCAAGAGUUCCCAGGCUAGUGAUGCCGACACUGCUACUGACUCUAACCAAGAGGAGGUGACUAAACUCAAACAAGAGCUCAACGAGAGCAAGAACAAAGAAGAGCAGCUGAAACAACAGAUGGCUGACAAAGAGGAAAAGACCAAAAAGCUCUUCAUGGGAGCCAAGACCAAAAUCAACCAACUCGUGGCUGCCAAAGAUCAGCUUUCUAAAGAGACAGAGGAGCUGAAACAGAGUAAAGAGGAACUGGAGGUGAGAAUGAGCGCCCUUAAGUCUCAGUACGAAGGUCGACUUCUUCGUCUGGACAGAGAACUGAGGGAGCUGAAAGAGACGCAAACACACUCCGAGUCCAGAGAGGAACCACAGGACCAGAGUGGACCUAAGGGGGUUGAUCAGCCCAGAUCUUCGGACCAGCGACAGAUAUCACUGAAGAGUCCAGCUCAAGGCUCCAGUCUGUCUGAGCCACCUACUGCAAACAUCCGCCCAACUCCAAGUACGCCAUCUCCUAGCAACAAGCCCAGCCCCUCCCCUGGAAGCAAGUCCACGCCCCGUGCCAGCAUCCGGCCUAUGGUUACCCCAGCAACUGUCUCCAUCCCAACACCUACUGCCACUGUGAUGCCAACCACACAGACUGACAGCCAAGAGGGUGAGAUGCUAAUGAGUACAGGAGCGUCGGUGCACUCCACCACCUCCAGUCUGGUGAGUGCAUCCACCUCCAUAACUCAGCCAACCAGCACUCAAGCCACAGCGUUUGUCCAGCCCACCCAGCAGCAGGCGGCCAGUCAGGACGCAGGAUCCAGCAUGGAGGCAGAGCGACCCUCCACGUCCUCCUCUCUGAUUGGAAUAGGUUCAAAGCGAGGCAGAGAGGACGAGGAGGAAGACGAAGAGGAGAGCAGGCCAGAGAGUUCCCUCUCAUCGCCGUCUACGAAGAAAACGCGGCUUAAACCAUCAAUAGCACUGCAGAUGGAAGGUGAUGAGGAGAUGGAAGGUGAGCUGAGGGAUGACGGGGAACAACAGGACUCGCCAGAUGACAGUCAGGAGCUCCCAGAGGAAGGUUUCCCCGUUUUGGCUGAAGAAGACGAGGACAUUGAGGAAGAAGGCGUGUGCCAGUCUGUCCCCUCUUACCAGAUGUCCUCUCAGGACUCGGAUUUGAUCCGAGACGUCAUUGUGAUCACGGACAGCGAGAGCAGAGAGGGAGAGGACAAGCAGGACGAUGAAGGCGAAGAAGAAGAAGAAGAAGAAGAGGAGGAGGAAGACGAGGAGGAGGAGGAGGAGGAGGACGACGAUGAGGAGGAAGUGGGGGAGUAUAAGGAGGAAGAGGAGGAGGACGACGAAGACGAGGACGAUGCUGGUGACAGUGGGAUGAUGGGAGGAGACGAGAGUAAUGAGAAGAGCAGGGAGGCUGAAGAUGAAGGAGAGGAGGACCCAUCAGAGGCCACAAACACUGAGGAGGACGUGUGCGGAGCAUCUUCGGACUCCCAGCAUGCAUCUGAGCCGCCACAGAGCAGCAGCAGCAGUGUCCCGUCAGAGUCCGACUCCACCAGAGAACCCGCACACCUCCCCCCUAUCUCCUCCUCUGUCCCCUCCCCCUCCCUCACUCCCCACCUGCCCCAUCCCCGCAGACCCACACACUCCCUCCCUCCAAGGCUCUACAUCCAACCACCAGCUCCAGAACUGGGACCUCCACACACACAGAGACAGUCCUCUCAGCUGCGCAGGCCGUCGGUCGGACGUGGACUUCAACUCACUCCUGGAAUCGGCAGCACGCAACAUUUCUUUGAUGAUGAUGACAGGAUGGUUCCCAGUACUCCCACUCUGGUGGUUCCACAUCGCACUGAUGGCUUUGCUGAGGCUAUACAUUCCCCUCAGGUGGCAGGUCUGUCCACCAGGUUUAGGUUUGGACCUCCAGAGGACCUGCUGCCUCCGACUUCAGCGUCUCACUCUGACCUAGGACAGCUGGCCUCUCAAGGAGGUUUGGGGAUGUACGAGUCUCCUCUGUUCCUGGCUGCACAUGAUGAAGACGGAGGAGGGCGAAGUGUCCCCACCACACCUUUACAAGUGGCUGCACCAGUGACCGUCUUCACCGAGUCGCUGCCCUCAGACAGUGGCGACAACAUGGCCUCCCAGUCUGUUCCCAUGGUAACGGCCUCCACAGGGAUCCCUGCUGCUGCCUCAGACGACGGAGACGAAGUCUUUGUGGAGCAGGAAGGAGACGGGCCUGGUAUCGAGUCGUCUUUGGACAACCAGGCAGACGUUGAGUCGUCAGGGCAGCAGAGUGACGAUGCAUCACUGCCUUCUACAAGCCAAGACCCUGACACCAGCAGUGUUCCUCAACGACGCACGGUGAACAGCCAGCAUCUGCUCAGCAGCCUGUCGACCAGAGGAAGCAGAGGAGGGCGGGAGGUCAGGAUGUUGACCAGUCGCAGAGGAACUUUCUCUCGGGGAGGAAGAGGAGGGGCCAUGGGCAGAGGGGGCUUUGCCUAAUCAAUGAUGACAUCAGCACUAACCUUUCAAAGAGCUCAUCCAGUCACAAAAUGAAAACAUGAACACCAUUCAUUUCAAUGAGACGCCGACUACAUUAAUAAAUCAGUUGAUGAUGAUCAUUCAAAGUGCAAGAGUAGACGACGUGACGAGACCUUUGUCCUAUUUUUUACUGAGUUUCUGUGUUUGUUCGAUCCAAACUGUUGACAAACUUAUUUUAAUAAUAAAGUUGAGUAAACCUGG